AUGUACGCUCAAAUGCCCGACGACCGCCACAUCCAGGGCUGCUCCGCUAGGGACACUCCAUCCACACAAACUCCCAACAUAACUUCCGCGCAAUACAACCCCCUCCCUUUUCUCUUCUACCUCCAACAGUCCAAGCGCCAUACCCUACAGACGGCCCUCGACAAGCUCCGCGAAGCACAGGAGCGCCAACGAGAAAUCGCAUACUUCCAAAACAUCAGUGCGGGCAGUAUGCAAGGCGGAGGGUACUAUCAGCAGCCGCAGCAGGGUAUGAUGGGCGGGAUGGGGAUGAACGGGAUGGGUAUGAAUGGGAUGAACGGGAUGGGUAUGGGAGGUAUGGGUCAGAUGGGGAUUAACCCGAUGAUGCAGGGUGGGAUGGGGCAGAUGGGAAUGGGUGGGAUGGGUGGAAUGAUGCCUGGCCAGCAGAUGGGGAUGGGCGGAAUGGGGAUGAUGCCUGGUCAGAUGGGCAUGGGGAUGGGCGGGAUGGGGGGACAGCAUAUGGGCGGGAUGGCUAUGCCGGGAGGUAUGGGCGCGAUGGGCGCGAUGGGAGGGAUGAUGGGUGGGAACGCUUGGCGGAACUUGGACUACGGGUAUACCUUGCCUCAGCUGGGGUACAAGCCUGAAGCUGCUUGGAGCCCUUGGGAUCUGGCGACCAGGGCGUAUACGGGCGAGCGCCUCGAGCGCGGCUUCUUCGAUAACAUCGUCUCCACCCUCUCCAGCUUCUUCUCGAACCGCCACCUCUCGGAAGAAGCCGCCCGGAACGCCCAUCGGCGGGUGUACCACCUCAACGAAGGUGAAGAUAGCGGUAGCAAGACGCUUGGCGGGGCGGCAGCGUAUCAGGCAUUCCUAUCAUGGGAUAGGGACCAUCAUUCCCUGUACCAUAGCUACCCGAGUAGCGAGAACAGGGAAAGGCUCGUCGCUCUCGCUGUGGCCGAGCUGUUCCGACUCUGGGAUGCAGCCCAGCCCCGGUCAUCUCGCGCCAGUAUCGAGGAUGCUGCGCAGUAUGCUGCCGCUACCGCCAAGUACCUCUUUGACAGGGUAUCACUAUGA